AGCGAGCGCGAGGCCUGGGCAGCCGCAGGCAGAACAAUUAAAACAAGAAAAUGGAUUGGGGAGCUCUGCAGACCAUCUUAGGAGGUGUGAACAAACACUCCACCAGCAUCGGAAAGAUAUGGCUCACAGUCCUGUUCAUCUUCCGUAUCAUGAUCCUGGUUGUAGCAGCAGAGAGAGUCUGGGGAGAUGAACAAGAUGAUUUCAUCUGCAACACACUUCAACCUGGGUGCAAAAAUGUUUGUUACGACCACUUCUUUCCCAUCUCUCACAUCAGACUCUGGGCCCUGCAGCUGAUCUUUGUCUCCACRCCUGCGCUGCUGGUGGCCAUGCACGUGGCUUACAGAAGGCACGAGAAGAAGAGGCAGUUCAGAAAGGGAGAUCAGAAAUGUGAAUAUAAAGACAUUGAAGAAAUCCGAGCACAAAGAUUUCAUAUUGAGGGCACCUUGUGGUGGACAUACACCAGCAGCAUCUUCUUCAGGCUGAUCUUUGAAGCUGUCUUCAUGUAUGCCUUUUAUUUCRUGUACGAUGGGUUCCGAAUGCCUCGCUUAAUGAAAUGUAGUGCUUGGCCCUGCCCCAACACGGUAGACUGCUUUGUUUCUCGACCCACUGAAAAGACAGUGUUUACUAUUUUCAUGAUUGCUGUGUCUAGUAUUUGCAUUAUGUUGAAUGUGGCUGAAUUAUGUUACUUGUUAGUCAAAUUCUUCCUUAAGAGGUCUAGAAAGGCUGGAAAUCCAAAGCAUCACCCCAACCAUGAGACUAAAGAAGAAACGAAACAAAAUGAGAUGAACGAGUUAAUAUCUGAUAGCUGCCAGAAUACAGUCACAGGGUUUUCAAGUAGCUAAGGUGAUGUGAAUGUUGGUAUUCACUCUUUUUGGAGUGAACUCCUUUCUCUAAAGGCUGCAAGUAAGAUCUGUAAUAUUAAAUAGCUUAAGUUGGGAGAGACUCUGAUGUAGAAUUCCAAGUGCAAUUUAUACACCUGUUAAAAGUCAGGGCAGCCUCAAUAUGUGAAUUUUAUCUAAGGAUUAAAURGAGAAGUGUAUUUUUCUAUGAAUAUCCUUACAAGUUGACCAUGGCAAGUGGGAAACCYACUACCACCUUCACACUGACACAGCUCCUGAAAAGCUGCAUAUGCAACAGCAAUAAGAACAAAACUCUUUCCAAGCUAGAUAUUCUAGUAUUACAGACUUUUUAUAAUAGUGAUAGUUUUUACUUAUGGACAGACAACKAAAAUAUUUUUGUAAAAAUACAAGUUUCCAUGUUACUUAAGGUGUUAUAGUGAAUAUUUGACUUUUUGACCAGGUGUGUGCAGAUGUACCAAUAAUACCAUACUAAUAGACAGGAGAUAGCAGUAGGCUACAUCUAUACAUGUGAAAGCACAGCGUGAGGCUUGGGCAGGCAGCUCMUGCACCUGUACCCUGCCUGCCAUGGAGCGAGCUGUGUGAGCUGGCCGUGCUGACUGGGGCAUCUAGGUCCCGAGGGCAAAUUCUAGCCUUAAAACUGCAUGACAAUGUAGAUACAGCCAAGGUAGAUGAGCUUUAAGUAUCUAGCAGACCUGGUAUCAAUAGUCUUUUAAUUCUCUUACUUGCAUACUGCCAGUCUGACAAGAAUGUAGGUAAUUUUAUGUAAAUAGUCCACUUAGCAUGUGUUGACUUUAAUGUAUUAACGAUAUAUUAACUACACUUGUUUCUUUAUACUGUAUCACAUCAUAGAGCCUUUUUGCUUUUGAUUUAUUUUCUUUUUAUUUUUUUGCGGUAGACUGAUGGUGCUGAGGUGUGAAACUAGGAGCUCUUUGCUUUGAAAUAUGUGCAAAAAACACAAAAAAUAGAAAUGGGAUAAGUCCUCUGAAUAAAAGACUAAUACUUUAACAUUU